AUAUUAAGGGACGAGGCUACGUCUUUCAACACACAAAAACCCAGAAUAGAUUCAAUUUGCAAGCGUGUAUACCUAUACUGUAAAAAGUAGAUAUUCCGGACUAGAUGAGAGUAUCACGACGGCCAGAACAGCCAAGAACAACUUGGGCGAAAGCGCAAUGACAAAUGACACCAUGUACUAAAAAGCCGGUAUUUUCAUUACGUCUUAGUUACCUCAUCCGUCGGCCCUAGACGGUCAGUCCGUUUUUUUGGUAGUGGAACCUUGACGAACUCUACCAUUCUUAUGGCGCGAAUGAUGUAACAAAUUUUUGGAUAUACUUGUUUCUCUUUGACGGCAACUUCCUUCCAAAUUCAUUUUCGAUUUAGUCGGGAAAAUUCUGAUUCGCCCUGUGAUCUAGAAGCAGGCACGCCUCGGCUGUGACUGUGGUAUGUAGUGGUUACCAAGACCCAGUAGUUUAGUCAUAUGAACGUCUCAGAUUUUUUUGAGGCUUGGACUUUUGUCACAGUUAUAAGUCAGUCGCAUUAAUAAGUGCUAUCCGGCACAUAUUGCGCAAUUCUCAGAUCUUCAGUCGUUGGGCAUUUAUCGAACUCGGGCACAAUUCUUCGUCUUCGUCUUCGUCUUUGACUCUGUCUUAAUUGCUUAACUUCCGUUGACUACCAAGAACAAAACUCAAUUGCUCUCUAAGACGUCAAUUGACUUUCAUAAAACGUUUUGAAGAUGACUGGCCAGAUGACUUCUACCGGCCGGGGUGGCGCUGGCAACAUCGCCGACUCUACCAAGUCUCCCAAGAUCCAGCCAACCGACCUCGAGACACCGACUUUGAAGACGCCUGUCGUUACUACUGGCCGAGGAGGCUCUGGUAACAUGGCACCGAACAACGAUCCAGCUCAGACGCGAGCACGCCAAGACGUCGGGCCCAUCGAAAGACGACCUAGCCAGGGCGCAACUCACGUAGGGCGUGGAGGUGCGGCCAAUAUUGUCAAGCCAGGCAGCGAGGAGGCCGAGAUAGCGAAGAACGACUCGGCUAUCGACGACCAGGCUCCUCGACAUAAUGGGCUGGCGGCCAAGGCCAAGGAGUUCUUCAAGAAGGCUUAGGAUGCCCUGAGGAUGAAGGUGUCAAAGGCGCCGCCUAAAUGAUUCUUCUAUCACGAUAAUCAUUGGUGCUGUUCGUGCGGAUUCAUG